CUUAUCCUAAAAUAUUUCCCCUUUCUUGCUCCUAAACGUUUCCAAAGUCUUAAUCUGAUUCCUCCUUCCGGACACGCUAAAUCCCCUCUUCUCUCUGGCUUUCUUCAUUUCCUUUCUCAAAUUUCCAGCAACAAACAAAAAAACACAAACCAUUUACUUCAUUUCUUCGUUUUUUUUUCGAUUUUGAGGUAUAUCAUCUUCUUCCUUAUCAAUUCAGCUUAGCUAUUUUCACUUCGAUCGCUGAUUCUUUCUUCUGUGUUUUCCAAAAUAUCCAACUUUUUUCCUUCCCUUUUUGUCUCUUUGAUCAAAGUUUUGAUUGUAUCUUCAGUGGUUUCUAAUCAAAAAAAAAAAAAAAACUUCUCAAAGAAUUCAUUCGAUUUUUAAAAUUGGACGCAAUCUUGAAAUAUCGACACUAUUUGAUUAAAGAAGUCUAACGAUCAACAUUAUGAAGAAAAACGGUGACGUUUCUCUGAAGCAGCCGACAACUUCAGACGGUGUUGUGUCUCGAUCAGCUCGAAGCUCCUUCCGUGCUCUCUCCAACUGCCUUCGUGUAAUCUCCUCCGGUGCUUCCACCGUCGCUCGCUCCGCCGCAUCCGCCGCUUCCUCCGCCGUUAACCGUGACGUCGAAUCUCUUAACGAUCAGGUACUAUGGGCGGGGUUUGAUAAGCUAGAGAAAGAGGAUGGAGAUAGUAGGAGAGUUCUCUUACUUGCGUUUCACUCUGGUUUUCAAAUUUGGGAUGUUGAGGAAACAGAUAAUGUUCAUGUUAUUGUCUGUUCCCACGAUGGACAAGCUUCCUUUAUGCAAAUGCUACCAAACCCUAUUAUUACCUCUGAGGAGUUUGACGAUAGUUUUUCAGACAGCCGUCCGCUUUUAGCUGUCUGUGGUGACAGUUCUUGGGAUGAACAGAGCGGUUCCGACAAUGGUGGAAGUGAAACUGUGGUGGUUCCUACAAAUGUGCAUGUCUACUCGUUAAGGUCUCAGUCUUAUGUGCAUACGUUGAGGUUCCGGUCGGUUAUCUAUACGGUUCGGUGUAGUUCUCGCAUUGUUGCUGUCCUACAAGCAGCUCAGAUUCAUUGCUUUGACGCUAAAACAUUGGUGAAGGAAUACACGAUUGUUACUAACUCCAUCGCGUAUGGCUCGUUGGGUGUUGGAUACGGUCCUCUUGCCGUUGGUCCACGAUGGAUUGCUUAUAGUGGAAGGCGUGUUGCUGACUCGAGCUCCACGCCUUUCAAUCCGGAGAUUAUCACACUGUCAUCUUCACCGGGUGUUGCAGAGUUUGCAAGAGAAUCUGGCAGGCAGAUCGCUUCAAGGAUUGGAACUCUUGGUGACAAAGGGGUCAAGUCGUUCUCUAGGUACUGCUCAGAGGUUUUGCCUAAUCCGUAUAUUCCUGGUUUGAAAGGCAUUGGAGUUGGUAAUGACAAUGUGGUGGAUGCAGAUAACGUAGGAAUGGUUAUAAUCAAAGAUAUUAUAAGCAAAAGCGUUAUAACGCAGUUUAAGGCACAUAAGAGUCCUAUUUCAGCUUUGAGCUUUGAUCCUAGCGGCAUGCUUUUGGUGACUGCUUCGAUUCAGGGACACAAUAUUAACGUCUUCAGGAUAAUGCCGAGAACCUCUACAAGUACAAGUAGUGAUGCGUCUUUUGUGCAUCUGUUCAGGCUCCAGCGUGGGUUUACUAAUGCGGUGAUACAAGACAUCAGUUUCAGCAGUGAUAGCAGUUUGAUAGCCAUUAGCUCUUCAAGAGGGACAAGUCAUCUGUUUGAGAUCAAUCCAGAGGAAGAGUGGAGUGCCCCGGUUCCUCUCUCAGCUGUUAAUAGAAUAAGAAGUGGAAACAUCAGCGGAUGGAUGGGAACAAUGAGCGGUGCUGCUGCAGCUGCAGCUGCUGGAAUGGUUGGAGGCUCUCUUCCUGGUGCAACCGCAUCAACUUUCUGUUAUUCCGUUGAGCAGAAUAAGAACAACCGCUAUGGUUCUUCUGAUAAUAGCUUAAAGAGGAAUAUUCUAGUGUUUGCUCCUUCUGGAUGUAUGACACAGUAUGCAUUAAAGGCAAAUCCGGGUGGGGAUGGUGGUCAUCAUGAGAUGGCAGGGUUUGAUUUUGAGUCUGGUUCAGAGACUGAAGGGAAAGUAGGUGUUGAGCCUAUAAGAAGGUGGUCAAUGAUCCAAAACCAGUCUAGAAGAGAGAUGCAAGAUCAGCACAGUGAUGUAUAUGGAGGUGGAACAAGUUCGGAUUCCAAAAAUAAAGUGUUUCCGGAGAUUGUUAGGAAGCAGAGUGCUGAGGAGUCUUGGAAAGUUACUAAGAAAGGAAAGGAGGCACGUGUGGAGGAUAAGCAUCAGAUGUACAUGUCUGAAGCAGAACUGCAAAUGUAUCAGCCGACUAAGCUACCAUUAUGGGGAAGGAGAAAUUGUAGGUUUCAAGAGUUGGUGUUGGAUGUGGAUGAAGAGAGUAAUAAUGGUGGAGGAGGGGAGAUGGAGAUUGAAGGAAUCCAAACUCGAACGGUUGAAGCAAGAACAAGAGGUUUGGUUCCAGUGUGGGGUUAUCUUCAGUCUCCAAAACCCCAACAAGUGAUGAGAGAUUUCUUGACACUAAUAUUAUGCUACAGAUCAUUCCAGAGUCCAAGGAACACUACACGCGGUGAUCAAGUUGUCGCUCCUCUAGAGGGUCAUGGAACAGAGACAAUUUAA